GUGAUACCUCAGAUGUGUAGAUGGUUGAGUAUUAGAUUAUCGAAUCUUUUUUGAGAAAUUGGUGACGGAAGAAGCAGGAACCAACCGAAGAUGAUAGUAGCAGGCAAACAUUCUUAGACAUGGCAUCCCAAUUGUUGCCGCUUUCGCUUUCUUUCUCGUCUCGUUCGUCUUCUCGUCUUCCAGCGUUCCUCCACCGUACUCCGUUUCGCAAUGGAGCAUUCCCAAGGCACAGCCUUGCCGUCCGCUAUCGCCAACGCUCAUCCACCCUUGUUGUGCCCCUUGUGGGCAAGGAAGACACUGAACUGCGCGUCUCGUCUGAGCAGGAUGAGGAUGCCGACCCAACCCCUGAAGACCUUCAAUACAUCGACCGAAUCAAAACGGUGCUGGAGCUACUGAGGAAAAACAGGGACAUGCUCUUCGGUGAGGUUAAGUUAACAAUAAUGAUUGAGGACCCCAGAGAAGUUGAGAGAAGAAGAUUGCUUGGCAUUGAAGAUCCUGAUGCCCCAACAAGGGAUGAUCUAGUUGCUGUUCUGGAAGAAGUGAACGAAGGAAAAAUCCCAAAGGAUAAAGCUGCUCUCAAGAUGCUAGCUGAGGAAUUAAAUUCAUGGCCUAAUUUAGAGGUCGAAGCCCCAAAGGCAAAGCCCGGCAAAUCCCUCUAUGCAAGAGCGACUGACACGGGAAUCAAUCCUAAAGAGGCUGCAAAGAGACUGAAUAUUGAUUGGGAUUCAGCUGCUGAAAUUGAAGAGACUACGGGAAGUGAUGACGCAGAAGUGCCCCCUGCUGUGUAAUUAAUCGGAGGACACAAGACUUUCUGGGCUAUGAACAGUCCAAAUAUGUUGGUGCACCAUAAGGAGUUCCUAGAUGUCAUUAUUAAGUGUAGAAUCAUUUUCUUUUCCCCAAAGAAUUUGAGCUUUUCUGCUGAGGAGGUUCUUUAUCCUGCAGGGUUAUGGAGCGCUAUAUUUGGUGACGGCUUUUCCCAUAAUUAUAGGAAUAUCUGUAGUUUUGAUUUUGUUUUACAACUCUCUCCAGUAGGAAUUGUUAAUUCAAUGUACGAACACGAGUUGUUAUCAAUGGAAAUCAUCAGCGUAUCUUAUGUCCACGUUUGGGUAUUUC